GUCACAAAAGCAGCAAGUCUCCAGUGAGGUGGGCGCACAACUUUUGCACCGACGCCAACAAACGACCUCAGGAGCGACGCGAUGACGCCGGAGCAGAUUGUUUGAGUCUCACAUGUUUGGAUGAGAAGAAAGUUCAGAGAUAUUUUAAGAAGUGAGAAGAUUCAAUUAAGGAUUUUCUCACUCUGCAAUUUGGCAACUUUUGGCUCAAAACGCGUUGGAUGGUGGGAGGAUGACGGUGACCUAACUUUACAUCUUUGGAUCAGUUCGCUGAGUUUCUCUGUCAGUAAAUUAAUCUCAAUGAAGAGUCUUUAACCCGGACUGACACUCUCCGGUGGCCGGGAGCUGAAGCCCACAGGACGCAGGGAACCGUGAACCUCAGCGGCUUGCCGGGAUGGUGCGCCUGCUGAACUGCCUGCUGCUGGGAUAUCUGACCUGGAAUUUGCGGAUAUCGGACGCACAGGGGGAGUACUGCCACGGCUGGCUGGACGCUAAUGGGAAUUAUCAUGAGGGCUUCCAGUGUCCGGAGGACUUUGACACCAUGGACGCCACCGUGUGCUGCGGCUCCUGCUCGCUGCGCUACUGCUGCGCGGCCGCGGACGCACGGCUGGACCAGGGCAGCUGCACCAACGACAGGGAGGUGGACAACACCGAGUUUGCAGCGCAGCCCGUCUACGUGCCCUUUCUGAUGGUAGGAAGCAUCUUUGUCGCCUUCGUCGUGGUUGGCUCCCUGGUGGCCGUCUACUGCUGCACCUGCCUGCGGCCCAAGCAGCCGACCCAGCAGCCCAUUCGCUUUUCCCUGCGUAGCUGCCAGGGCGAAACCAUCCCCAUGAUCCUCACCACCGCUCCCCCGAGCCUCCGCGCCCCGUCGCGACAGUCCAGCACGGCCACCACCAGCUCUAGCUCGGUUGGAGGAGGCAGCUCCAUGCGGAGGUUUUCUCUCGGAGGUCAGGGGCAGCAGCACGGCUGCCUGGUGUCUGCCACCGUCUCCUCGUCAGCCUCCACCCCCACCCAGACCCCUCAGACUCUUCCUCCACCUCCACCUCCCCCCUACACAUCCCCACCAGCACCCAUGUCAGGAGGCAUCCAACACCCGCUGCCCUCCACCCACACCCAGCUACAGCUCCACCAGCCCUCCAUGCCCUCUCACCACUCUCAGAGCGCCGGGUUCCUCCUGCCACAGCAGUACUUCUUCCCCCUGCAGCCCGACGCCUUCACAGGGGCCAAGGGCUUCGCUGACUUCGGACAGAGCUGACAGGGCUCCCAGCAGGGGAAAUAGAGGGAUUACAAGAUCUUUAGAUGGAGGGAUGUGAGCCAGCGAGGACAAACCCACUGCAACACAGCUGGUGGUGUUUGGGUGGAAGGCUCGGGCCGGCUGAACGGACACAGGGAGCGCGACAGGAGGACGAGGGAUAAAGUACAACAAAGCAGCGUGGCCUGAGGUGUUUCCCCCUCUGCAUCACAGGACACAUCAACAGACCUGUUAGAGGCAGUAAAAGUUUUGAAUCUUGUGCACUUUUAUCUGAUAUUGUAAACAGACCUCACUGACCUACAUUUUAUUUUUUAUACCUGCUGUUUUUCAAGGUGACAGCUUAAAAAAACAGACUAAAAUCUUGCCAAUUUAUCACACACCUUCCUUAAAAAAACGGAAAUACUGUAGAGGCAGACGGCACUGACACUGUCACUCUGAGCAUUGUUACAUUAUUAUAAAUAGAUUUUUGAAACCAGGGAAAUAUUGUGUUUUGUUGACAAUCGCAAGGACCUCUGAAAGAGGGGAGGACCUGAUACACAAAGGACAUUUUAUUUUGGAGGAAAUUGACUUUUAUAAUAUGUUGUACAUGCAUUAUACCCACAGCAGGGUUGUCAUAUUGAUUCCCUCAUUUACAGCAAAUAAAAUAUUGUUCCUCAGUA